AUGGCGUCGGCAGCGGACUCCGCGCCGCCCUCGGCCGACGAGCAGCGCGUGCGGCAGCUGCUGCGCGACCUGCGCGUGGACACGGGCGACGUGGUGCUGUUCGACCGCAAGUGCUCGAGCAUGGGGCUCUACGGCGGCGCCAUCUGCGUGUGCGCCAAGUUCUUCGGCCAGACGCAGUGGGACCACAACGGCAUCGUGGUGCGCGCGCCGUCGCUGGCGCCCGACGCCGCGAGCCCCGAGGACGAGCUGUUCCUGCUGGAGGCGGCGCUCACGGGCGUCAAGCUGCGGCCGCUCGUGGCGCGCGUGCUGCGCAGUCGCGGCCACGAGGUCGCGGUGCGCAAGCUGCAGGUGGAGCGCUCGCCGGAGCUGCAGAACAAGGCGCUGCAGUUCGCGCUCGACAGCCUCGACGCGCCGUACGAGGACAACCCGGCCAGGUUCUUCAACGCCGGCGUGUCGGUGCCCACGCGCAUCGCGCGCGAGCGGAUCUUCGCGGCCCUUAUGGCGACCAAGAAGGAGCUGGCUCGGCUGGACUCGGAGUUGGCCCACCGCGACAAGAUGCCGGCGUUCGAGCGCAAGGCGCUGCUGCAGGAGCACGAGGCGGUGAACGAGCGGUACCAAGCGCUGGGCGCGGAGCUGAGGAGCAGAGAGCGCUCCGUGUUCGAGAACGCGGUGGUGGAGGGGGACGAAGUGAAGACGACCAAGAUGUUCUGCUCGCAGCUGGUAGCCGGCAUGUACCAGCACUUGGGGCUGCUGCUGCCGUACCCGUCGGCGAACUCCUAUUUGCCCAAGCACUUCAGCGCGCGGGACGGCGGAGACUUUCUAAAGCUGCAGCAAGGAGUGAGCUUCCUGCCCGAGAUUUCGCUGCGCCAGGAGCUGGAGAAGGAAACGGAGAAGUACGCGACGCGUGUGCAGGAGGCUAAGGAGAGGGGCCCGCGCGCGGGUAGUGAGACUGCUGCCAUCGUGCACUGCCUGCGACGUCACCAGCUUUUCCACACGCUGAGUGAACCGGAGCUGUUGGCCACAGCGUCGCAGUUCCGACGACGCGUGCUAGCGAAGGGCGAGGUGGUGUUCUACCAAGGAGCGCCGGGUGAUUGCUUCUACAUCAUCGAGCGGGGGGAUUGCGAUGUCUUCGUCGACUACGACCACCUACUGAAGACGCAGACCGCGCUGCAUGCUGCGGACUCGGACAAUGCACCGAACCCGGAGCUGCAUAGGCGCAUGAUGCUGCGGAAGCGCAAGACCAUUGCACUGCCAGAGUUCAAGUCGUCGUCGAGUCUGGUUGGUAAGAACGAGCGCGUUCACGUGGCUACGAAUGGACCUGGUAAUGCGUUUGGAGAAUCGGCGCUGAUCUACGACACCCCUCGACGUGCCACGAUUCAAGCUAGCGCGUCGAACUCGGGCGAUGACGACGAAGCUGUCGUACUGUGGCAACUUGAUAAGCGCACGUUCCGUGAGAUUUUGGCACAGCACCCGGGUAGCCAGCAAUCGUUAGAGGAGCGACGAUUCUUGCUGGAGGCGCUGGAGGACCACCCGCUCUUCGCUGAGUUGGAUGAUCGUGCCAAGGCACUCGCUGUACGCAAGUGUUUCCCUCUGAGUGUGCGGGCCGGAACGACUAUUCUUCGACAGGGUGACCCUGGUGACUACUUCUACCUGGUGGAGAACGGUCGAUGUGAGGUGUCGCGUCGCAAACCCAAGGCAACUAAACCUUUUGUAGAUCGGGUCAUUGGCCGUGGUGCUAGUUUCGGAGAGGCUGCGUUGCUGUACAACAGCCGUCGCGGGGCCUCGGUGAAGGCGCUCGAGGAUGCCAAAAUCUGGUGCAUGGAUCGCGCGAGCUUCCUCACGAUCACGCGCAGCGGAUCGACUGCACUGCACAAACUAUUCCGCAAGGUGGGAACCACAGUCGUGUCCGGCUCAAACGAGAGCUUCGCUACGGAGCGCGACUUGCGUCGGAUGCUCACAGAUCCCCAGCAGAUGCAGCUUGUGAGGCAUAGCGCCAACGAAGACGAAGACAUGGAUAGUGAAUCGGAGCGUCCAGCGGCUCAUCCUGCGCCUCUGCCGUCACCGCAGGCCUACGACCGCGCGGUGCAACUCGCUUUGUCGCUUCUACUCAACGAUUCAUCUGGCCUCGUAAACUUCUCGCAGUUUGCGCACUUUCACAUCGCGCUGGGUGCCUCCAACAUCGACCAACUCCUUCCGGAGGCUGCGUUUCGCGUACUGAAGUCAGUCACAGACUCAUAUGACGGCGGUAACACCCGUAUUCCGACCCCCUCGUCGACUCGAUUUGAUCAGGAUGACACGGACCAGGCUAUGAUCAAGUUGAAUGAUCUUCCUCGUGCGAUUAGGCAAUGGAUUUCCACAAGCGAGGCUGCGGGGGCUGCUGUGGAUAACGUGGAGACACCAGUUCAGAUGACGCCUGGACGCUUGGCGUUCUACGAGCGCUUGUUCGACUUGCCUGUGCACCAGCUCGGCGACCAGUAUGUCACUCACGAUGACCUUGUCCGGGGAAUUGCAGCGUUCGAAGUGGAGGACGCUCGAUCCGGGGACGAGCAUGAUGAUGACCACCCUCAAUCUGAAGACGUCGCAGCAGCCAAGCAGGAGUUCCGCGCCUUUUUGACAGCUCUCAAGGCCGACAUUGACUCGUUGCGAACGAUCUGGCGAGCAGCUAAGCUGCAGGUGCAUGUUGGUGAUCGCGUCGACAUGGAGAAUGACCAGCGGAGGCUCACGUUUGAUGCAAACCUGAAAUCUGGGUGGAUCUCAGCCCUGCGGCAAAACCCUACGGGCGGUGACUGGGAGUACUUGCAUCCGGAAAUGGAGGAUAGCAGUCGAAGCAGCACGGCUUUCAACCAGACCAGCGAGACACUCCGAAGACAGCAACUGAUGGGGCAAGUCACGUCGUUCGCUGCUGCCAUUUCCGCCGGUGCUCUGGCUCGUACUGUGUGUGCGCCUUUGGAGAGGUUGAAGAUGCUGAUGCAGCUCUCCACUCCCAAGCCGACGGCGUCUGCAGCGGCUACUGCCACGAAGCUCUUAACCGGUUCAGCCCCGUACACGUCCCUGACGAGAGGCUUCUGGAACAUGGUGAAACUCAGCGGACCGCGCAGUCUUUUCAGUGGAAAUCUCGCGCACUGCAUCUGGGUGGUGCCGUCGGUGCCCACAAAGUUCGUCUUGUGCCACUUCUACCAAGAGCAGCUCGCGCGUAUGCUUCCCGAGUCUUCGUCGCCUUUUGGUGUGGCCAACCCGCGCGUGUCUGCGAGUAUGGCCAAUCUUGCGGUGGGUGGUCUCGCCGGCCUCACGCUUAACUCUUUGUUCUACCCGCUCGACGUCGUCCGCGGACGACUGACUGUGCAGCAGUACUACAACGCCAACCGCCCGUCGACUGGCAUCCUCGACUGCGCGCGGUCGAUCCGUGACAAGGAAGGCUUGCGUGGGUUCUACCGAGGAUUUGUGCCUGCGAGCCUGGGUGUCUUCACGUACAUCGGCUGCAACUUCGCUCUGUACGAGUCGUUUCGGCCGGUGUUUGUGCUCUAUGACACGGAGGACACGAGCAACCAGCUUGGCCACCCGAGUGUCCCUGGCCAGAUCCUGUGCGCCACCACAGCCUCUCUCGGUUCGCAGUGUAUCUCGUACCCGUUUGACGUCAUUCGGCGACGCGUGCAGCUGCAGGGCGCGAAGUGGCACCCGGAGCUCGCAUUCCCGACCUACGAGGGCGCGUGGGAUUGCGUGCGGUCGUCGAUACAGGAGGAAGGAGGUGGUGUGCGAGGCCUGCGCUCACUGUACCGCGGUCUGUUCGUGAACGCAGUGAAGGCGCUGCCGUCCACUGUCAUCUCGUUCCUCAGCUACGAGAAACUGCGCGAAAUGAAGCACAACGCGGACGACGCCUAG